AUGAAAGUAGAUUUACCAGAAUCCAGACUACCAUCUUUAUAUAGAGAUUUUAGGCCAUUGAAAGAUUUAAAUCCCGAUGGGUACGAAGCAAACAUCAGUACAUGGAGGGAUUUCUUCUUGCAACAAUACAUCAGCAACUCCAACAGAAUCAUAUUUACUAUAGGGACAAGGACUUUGCAAGAAUUAACUCAUGAAGUUUAUGGCGUACCGAAAAGCAUUGAUAUAGCAAUUGACGUUCUUGUUAAUGAAGGAAAUUUGAUACCUAUGGAAUUAUUCAAUCUUGGUGGAAUGUACACUGACAACAGUAGAAAAGGAUUUUGGAAGUGGGUUAGAAGUUGGAAGGAGUCUACAAACAUGUAUAAAAGCCGGAAGGAUGAAACAAAUUUCUACUUGAGAGAAGACAAAUUUAUUAUCAAAGCAAAUUUGGAAAAAGAGUAUCAAAGGUUUCAUGAAUUACUCAAAAGAAGUGUUUUUAUGGAGGCUUCAUCUAUUACAGAUUUAGUAUUCACAAGGAAUGAAUUUGUGACCACAGAAAGUUUGCAGUCGUUCUUUUCAACCUAUGAUGAAGAAACGAAAAACGUGUUCCUGCACUUUAUAGAGAAUUAUAAGCACAUAAUAGUUUCAAAAGACAAUGUUAUCAAAGUCAUUGCCGCUGAAGUAGAAGACAUUACUAGCAGGUUCUCCAAAGGCAUCACAGAAAAUGACCUUCGAAUUGCUAGUGUUAAAGUGGGUAUUAUAAACAUCAACAAACAAAUUACAAGGCUAAGAAAAGAAAUUAAUGAAUCUAACAUUAAACUGAGAGGACCAGAGUUUAAUGAGCUGCCGAAGAGAAUAAGGAUUGAAUAUAAACAGGCGAGAUUACUAUCUGAAAAACAUCUUUCUAGGUUACUAAAGUUUCAAAAUAACCUCGCUCAAGUAAGAACUCAAAUAGACACCAGUGCUACUAAUGCGGUUUUAAUUCAAACUUUAAGUGAAUCCAACGAAGUAAUUAAGUCAAUUAAUGGAUAUAUUGGUUCUACCGAAAAAGUAGAAGACUUACUAGAUGAGAUUAAAGAGGGUCAUGACCGUACCGAAGAGGUCAAUGAUUUAUUAGCUCAUUAUAAUAAAGGUCAAGACGAAGAAGCAGAAGAAGAAAUUGAAAGAGAAUUAGAACAAUUAGAACUUGAUGAAAAGAAUAAUAAUAAGGAAGAAAAUAAGAACCAGGAUUUGCACGAGCCAAAAGAAAGCAGUAGCGAGGAUCUAUUAAAGAGAUUGAAUAAUCUGAAGAUAAAUACAAAUGAAGGACCUGUGCAAGAUAAUGAAAACCACGAUAAUGAGAUAAGAAAAAUCAUGAUGGAAGAACAACCACGUUGA